AUGUUUAUGGUUUCCUCCCAGCGGUACUGCGAUGUCCACCGGAACCUGCUCCAGCUGAUGCUCCACCACGGCUUCAUGAGCGAGGCGGAGAUGCUCGCGCAGUGCCGAGCGUGUGUGGAGGCACACGCCCAGGACGCAAAGGCUAACAAGGGGCCUAGAGAACACAACCCCCUCUCUCUUUUCUCCCAGUAA